AUGUCUUAUUGUUGUAAAACUGUUCUUAAACCAAAUAUAUUAGAUUGUAAAUGUUCAUUACGAAAAUAUUGUGUAUUACCAUUUUCAAUUCAAUCUCGUCAACGAUGUUCAAUAGUUUGUCCUUUAAUCAAUCGUAAUAAUUUUAAGAAACAAAUAUGUCGUUCUGAAAACUUUCGAUUAUUCUAUGAACGUGGUGAUCUUCCUUGUACUAUUGAACAUAUUACUAAAGGACAAAAACUUAAAUGGUUUAUUAAUGAUUUAGAAACAUUAAAUAUUUAUUAUUAUUUACCAAUUUUUACAGAUGGAUUAUGUGAAACAAAAUAUCCAUACAGUUUUAUUGCUUUACAAGGUAUUUUAGAUUUAAUUACACGUGCUUCACAUAAAAUUGAUGGUGAAACACUUUCAAAAAUGAUUGUACCACUUAAACGUGCUCUAUAUACAAAUGAUCCCAUUGUUAUUAGUCGUGUUUUAUUUGUUCUACAAAAUUUAGCACGUGGUAAUGAUGGUGCUGUUGGUAUAGCUUUAGUACCUUAUUUCAAUCAAAUUUUACCAAUAAUUAAUAUUAUAAGAGAACGUAAUCAGGAAAAAUCUUAUCGAAAUCAAAAAUCAUGUAAGAUAAUUGAUGAUUUUGAAAAAAAUAUUGAAACUAAUCUUGUUCGUCUUAUUAAUGAUACAUUAAUUGUACUUGAACAAUUUGGUGGACAAGAUGCUUUUAUUAAUAUUAAAUAUUCAAUACCUACUUAUGAACAACAAGCUGAUGUAAAACAAUUAACUAAUACUCAAAUGGAUACUAUAGUACAGCCAUUUAUAGGAAUUUAA